GCAGCCGUCUGCUUUUGCUUUACUGUGGUCUCACUGCGCCUCAUUCUACACCUAACUGGGCAGUUGUCAGAAGGCCGCUGGUCAUUCCAUGAUUACAGCCUCCGUGCAGCGGUCUUUGCAACAGCGUCCUCGGUUGCAGUACCUUCCUGUGCCCGUCCUCCUCUCUCUCCUUGUCCCGCAGGCCGCGGCCUCAUUGCGCAUGAGCGAGAUCGUGGAGAGCCUGUGAGAGCGGAGGGCGCCACUCACACUCACCGGGAGGCCGAGUUCCAACAUGAACAAGUUGAAAUCAUCACAAAAAGAUAAAGUUCGCCAGUUUAUGAUCUUCACACAAUCCAGUGAGAAGACUGCAGUGAGUUGCCUGUCACAAAAUGAAUGGAAACUUGAUGUUGCUACAGAUAACUUUUUUCAGAACCCUGAACUUUACAUAAGGGAAUGUGUAAAAGGAGCAUUGGACAGAAAAAAAUUAGAGCAGCUUUAUAACCGAUACAAGGACCCUCAAGAUGAAAAUAAAAUUGGGAUAGACGGCAUCCAACAGUUUUGUGACGAUUUAGCUCUUGAUCCAGCCAGUGUCAGUGUUCUAAUUAUUGCAUGGAAAUUCCGAGCAGCAACGCAAUGUGAGUUCUCAAAGCAGGAAUUCAUGGAUGGAAUGACAGAACUAGGGUGUGACAGCAUAGAAAAAUUAAAGGCACAGCUUCCGAAAAUGGAACAAGAACUAAAAGAGACAGGGCGAUUUAAGGAUUUUUAUCAAUUUACAUUCAACUUUGCAAAGAAUCCAGGGCAGAAAGGUCUAGAUUUAGAAAUGGCCAUCGCCUACUGGAAUUUAGUACUUAGUGGAAGAUUUAAAUUCCUAGAUUUGUGGAACAAGUUUUUGUUGGAACAUCAUAAACGAUCAAUCCCUAAGGAUACAUGGAACCUCCUCCUAGAUUUCAGUACAAUGAUAGCUGAUGACCUGUCAAACUAUGAUGAAGAAGGGGCAUGGCCAGUUCUUAUCGAUGAUUUUGUUGAAUUUGCACGUCCUCAAGUUGCAGGGACAAGAAGUACAACAGUGUAGCCCUUAAGAACCUUGUAUAAUGUACAUAGACUGUACAAAGUAACACAACAGAAAAUUGCACAGUCAAUUUCCUCCUGCUGGACUGAACUGAAGGUCAGCCCUCGCAGCAAUUCCUGGGGGUAAAACAGACAUUUAAGACCAUAUCCUAUUUCAUUCUUUGGUGGUUUGGGCCUCUUUGCAAGUGUAAGCAAAACUAGCAAUUCCAAAUUGUGGAUUUCAUCACAUAAUCGCUGGAGCAUAUUAAUUUUGCCAUAAACAGUAGAUACAUUCCUUGCUGUUUUCAUAUUCACAAAGCACAAUGCUGCCUUCGUCCACUAAUUGCAUCAUGGGCACGUGAAAACUUUUUUUUUUAAAAGAAACUGAAGAGACAACGUACACCAUAAAAGAAUAUUUUCUGGUUCUCCUAUCAUUUAGGAGGGAGAGUAAGAAGAGUGUACAUAAUUCUUUUGAAUACCAUAUUAAAACUGAACAGAAAAAAAAAAGAUAAAUUCUUGUAGCUACCAAAGGAAGUAUUUUUGGUGAAUGGGUGGUGUGUGUUGGACCUUGUCCAAAGUUCACAAAACUAAUGAUGAUUGCAUUCCAAUUACAAGCAGAGUGUAAUGUAAUUGUACUACCCCCCUGAAAAUAUCCUGCUGUAUAGAAAUAACAAAACUAGGAGCAUACUGGUUUAGAAAACUUUUUUUUUUUACUACACCAUCAUGAGGGCAAUAUAUGUUGCAAUUUUUAGUUUUGCAGAAGGACCUUGCUCGUUUAAUUUCUUUUGCAGGUCAUCCAAGUUUUAAAAAGAUCAUUAUUCAAGAAAACCAAAUGUACACGUUUAUGUUGAUGAAUGAACAAAUACAUAAUUUACCUUAUGCCCCAUUUGUUAUUCCCUUUUUCACAGACUGAAUAGAGCAUAAAACUGGAUUACAUGGAAAGCACUAGUUAGCGAACAUACUUAAUAUCACGUCAUUGCUUAAAAGCAUAGGAAUAUGAAGGACAGUGGUAUAGAAUAUGCUAAUGGAUUUACUAACAUUUGCUUUAUAAAUGCCAUCAAGUGUUUUCUGAAUCAGGAAGGACAAUGGUGUAGGAUCUUUGAUAUUUUUGAAAUAAUGGAAUUGGUUAAUGUUUGCCUCUCACUUGUAGCUGCUGAACCCCGUGCAACAUCUCUAACCAACAGAGCUUUACAUAGGUGUGGUUGUUUUACUGAGACAUGCAGAAUAUCAACUCUUUAUUUUAUUAAUGAGUCUUCACUGUUUGUAUAUGUGCCCUUUUCUUUAUCCUCUUCCAUUAGAAGAAGUCCUGUAUUUUUUAUUUGUUUGAUGCAGAAGCUGGAUUAUUCCACUUAGGUCAAUCUCACCCACUUUACAAAAUCACUCAAAGUUGAUUAUGCUAAACAAUCCAAAUUACAAUAAAUCAUUGUAAACCAGAAUAUUCCCAAUUAAGGUUUAGUUCUUUUAAAAAAAGAAAACAACAAAAACGAACACUGUAGUAGUGAUCUGUUUUCUUUUUUAUUAUUAUUUUAAUGUCUACAAAACAGUUAGUUAGUUGAAUGUAUUUACUUUUUGUUAGUGAUUUGUCUUUAAAAGUGAAUUUGAACAGGAACCCAUGAACAACACGUUACAACAUCUAAAGCAGCAUUUUUAAGGAAAUGUGUGUUUGAUUUCUCUGGAAGUGUGAACAGUAGGGUUUUUGGAGGGUUUUGUGCGGCUAUCAUGAAAUAUAAAUUUUAAACAGAAUCUAGAUUGAAAGGAUUUUUUGGGAAUGUGGAAAUUUUCCAGUGAUCGUGCCCUGUUAAUGUAACAGUUUCAAUAUUUUCAUUUUUGGCAUAUUGCCAUUGUGUGAUUGCGUGAUGGUUUGUUGCAACCACUCACCAAACAGUGUUUUGGGUAAGCAAAUUAUUUAUUACAUCUAUUUAAUUAAUAUCAUAUUUGUAUUAUUACUGCCAUACAAAUAAUAUACAUUACCAAAUGAUAUAUUGAAUAUUUAUUUCCAGUAAAUUGCAAGACUUAUCUAAAGUGCAAAAAUAUGUUAAAUUGAUAUUCUGGGAAAGUAAACUGAAUAAUUCUGAUUCCAAAGGCCCUUCUGUUAAUAAAACAUUUUAGUUUGGUUAUCAUAAUCUCAUUAAUAAUAAAAACAUAUAUAUAUUUAUUUGUUGCCCGAAUUCAUUCUUUUGCGACAGCAACACGCUAAAGUCUGUAUUUGCACAGAUUCUAGCAUCUUCCUGUUGCACAAGAAUUUAUUCAACAACGAAAGUAUCCGAGUGGCACUAAGGGCCCCACCACCUUCCUUAUUCAGAGGUUCCAGAAACCUCUAAAAUAUAGAAAAUGCUUUUCUCAUGCUCCUUAGAGAGGCCAGAAAGCAAAUUAUGUAUUGCAGGUUUUCAAAUAGAUGGUUUAUGCAGCUUACAGAAUUUGCUCUUUGGCCUCUCUAUGGAGCGUGGGACAUGCACCAGGUUUUUACACAAUAGCAAGAGAUGUUUAAUGAUGGCAUUUGUCAGAUUGUUGAGAUGAUUGGAUUACAUUUUUUUUAAAAAUUAUUAUAUAUAUAUAUACAUACAAAUAUACAGUACAUACACACACACACACACACACUAUAACUCUCUCUCUCUCCCCCCCCCCUCUCUCUCUCUCCCCCUCUCCUAUAUAUAUUAAGCAAAGAACAAGAGCGCAAAGAGGAACUCUGUAGUAUAUUAGAAAUCACUUCCUAACAAUAAUUUGAAAUGCACUCACAAACCUCAGUAAAGCUCACAUGUAUGAUCAUUCAGCAGUCUAGUCCUGUAAUGGAGUUCAGGAGCUAGUGGAUCUCCAGCAUGCCAGUUUCUUCACCAGACUUUGUACUGAGAUACUGCUAAGGUAAUGUUAAUGCACCCAGUGUACUUUUUGCAGAACUAGUCAGAGCUGUUUGGUUUUUAAAAAGCAUUUGUAGCAGUUUUACUUACAUCUCUAACUGAGACUGCUGGGUCUAUAACCAGAAAGAGCUUGCAUGCUGUAGUGCAGGCCUCCCCAGGGGGGCACCAGAGCAUAUAAGGGGAGGCGCGGAACAGUGACACCGCUCUAUCCUAUUGGAAAUCACAAGCAACAGUUGACUGGCAAAAAACCGACAGUGACACUUGCUAUGUUGUGGUGGAAUAAGGCAAAGGGCAAAAUGUAGGUGGAAGAAAGGCACGGAGGUCAAAAUCGCUCAGCGACUGUGUUGCACAGGAGGAAUAACAAAUUGCUAAUUGAAACAUGAGUGAAGCUCUCUUUUGGUUGAGCAGAAUCCGUUCUUGAGAACUGUGUGUGAACCCUGGAUCAAAUAUGAAUUCCUCAAAUUAAACUUAAAACUAAAAAUAAAUAUUAAAAUUUCCUUAAAACAGAAGAAAUAAAGUAACAUUUAUUAUGGGGGGGGGGCUGUCUUAUAAAUGUAAUCAUCCUAAGCCUUAGAGAACCCAUGCUGUAGUUGUAUCUUGAUAUUAUUUCUGGACCAAAGACCUUUGCAGCUCUGGUGAAGAGACUGGCUUGUUUGGGAGCGUGUUCUUGAGCACCAUUACAGGACUAGACUGAUCUUUAAUAUGGAAGGUUUGACAUUGUGAGUGCAUUUUGUUUAUUAAAUAAUGGAAUUCUGAUGCAAUACGCUCAUAUUUCUGUUCUAUUUUUGUUUUGUACAUUAUACAGUGUCUAAUAUAUAUAUAUAUAUAUAUAUAUAUAUAUGGUCUAACAUUUGCUCUAGUCCCAAACUAGUAAGAAAUUGCAGAGAUCAUUUUCCCAUCCCUGUGUGUGUGUGUAUUUGUGUGUGUAUGUAUGUAUGUGUAUAUAUAUAUAUAUAUAUAUAUAUAUAUAUAUAAAUACUUUUUACUUGCACUGCAUUUGUUUGCCAAAGGCUAGUGUGUGCUUUAUUAAAUCAACUGAUUCCCUGUGAAGGAUAAAAUAUACUCCCUGGAGCUUAAAAACUAUUUUAAAACCACAUAGGAAGUAAAUACUCAUUUGAAUUACAUAUUUGUUAUUUAGUUCAUAUAUGUCUUUACUAUGAACUACAUAUUAAUAUAGAAAACAAAUUCCAUGUGCUUGGUGCCUAUCAAAAAGAGAAUUUUAUUUAAAGUCAGAGGUUAUUUUUGCCCUUUGGUGUGAGACAUGUCUAUUAUAUAUUUAAUAUUCUAAAUACAUCUUUGAAGAUGAGAACUUGCGUGUUGCCAUCUAUUGAUAUACAUUACAAUUACUGUGUAAUUACAAUAUAUUAUGUGGAAUAUAUAGAAUGCGAUGGUCUUUACAUAGUAUUACUUCUUCAGUGAGUGACAGAAAAAAAAAGAUGAAAAGCAAACGCUCAGAACCCAACACUGUGCAGUGUAUUUUACAGAUGGUAUAUUGUAUUUCAAGAAAAUGUUUUAUAUUGAAAGUG